AUGGAAAAGUCAUCUACCAACGAAACAAUGGUUCUAACUAUAAAGAAUUUAAGCAAAAGUAAAUGGAGUUCACUCUCCAAAAAAAAGAUAGAAGAAAAAUCUUGCUAUUCCCCCAGAACAGAAAAAUUAAUUGAUAUAAUUUCCCCCAUACUGGACUAUUAUGGGUAUAAUAAGGAGGAUGUGUAUAACUUUAUCAGUCUGUACAAAUUUGACAUAGAGAAAAUUCAGCAGGAAUUAUGUAAUAUUAUGGAGUCCAGAGAAGAAAAUGACGAAGGGCUAUGGGAAACUGUCAAAAGUAAAAAAUAUAAAAAGCCAGUCGAAAAGAAUAGCAAAAAAAAUAAUUUCUUGCAGGGAAAUAUCGGGAGAAAGGAUAAUAAGCAAAUUGGCAAAAUAUUUCCCAAAGGGUUAAGAUUAAGGGGAGGAGAGGAUCUUCGGAAAAAUAAAACCACCAUUACAGGUUCCUCCUUUGCAGUUGGGCAAUAUAAUAAUAAGCCGUUUAGUUCCAGUAACCAUAAAGUAACGCAUUUUGUAAGCAAUCGUGCAAAAUAUGAGAACUCGUCAACCUUACAUGAAAUUAAUAAAAAGAUUCCUGAGGAGCGGGGGUUGAAGGAAAAGCAGGACAUGGACAAAGGUACAAGAAAACUUGUGAAUAUAAAAUCCCUAUCAGAAGUAGCGGCCGAUGCGGCCACUUCGACAGCUGCGGCCACUUCGACAGCUGCGGCCACUACGGCAGGCAGAGGAGCAGACGAAGGAGCUAAUCGCGAUGCGGCGAAAAACUCCAAAGGAGGUACCAAAAAAAAGGGAACGCUAAAAUCCGAAGAAGAGAAAAAAAAAGGCGUGAAUGAAAGUUACGGUGAAGAUUUCAUGAAUAAUAAUUUCCCAGAAGAAAGGGAUACAAAUAAGAAAAAAAAAAGUGCAGUUAAAGAACCAGACGGAGUAGUGAAUGAAGAGCAUUUCGCAAAAGGUAAAGAGGAUUACUCAAACAAAAAGGGUAAUAAGAGUGCUUACAAUAACGUUGGCAGUAGCACUGCUACUAACCACAAUAUUAAUAGUCAUUACAAUCAAUUUGAUAAAAAAAAAUAUGUCAAGUUGGAAGACGGCAAAGCACCACCCGCAGCGGCAUCUACGGCAGUUGGCGGAGAAUACAAGUCCAGCGAUGAGCACAGUAUGAAAAAGGAUUCCAAGGGGAAAGGCCCAAGCGCCACCACAAUGAACAGUGGAAGUGGUAACCAACACCCCGCCAAUGUAGGCACCAACGGUCUCGGAACAACGACGACGGCCACGAGUGCCAACAGGUAUAGUAACUUCAACUAUCAUGAUAAAUACUUUAAUAAAAACUACAACAGAUAUAGUGGCAAGCCCCUAAAUGAUUCUCUAGUCCCAAGAAACGACAAGCAGAGGUAUCCCCCAUUUGGUAAUAAAUCAACAGGUGUAUACAACAGUGCGGGAAAUCAUAACUAUUUUAACUCAUAUACAAAAGGGCCAUCGAAACAAUCACCCUAUUUGAACAAAAACAAUUUCAAAUCGAAGAGAAGCACUAGUAAGAAUAAUAGCGUAGAUUACGAUUAUGAAUAUGAUCCAUACAGCGGGGAAAAGCUAGCUCACGAUACAGGGAACAAUAAUGACCAGUCUAGUAGUAUACAGAACGAAAACGAUCACAAUAUUAAGAAGGAGGCCACUGAAAGUGCUAAAAAGACGGGCAAUGAUAAGGCAACUACGAUCACGUCGUAUGCAUCUGUUGUUAACAACAAAAUGAAGCAGUCUGCAUUAACAUCCCCCGUAGAAGAAGGGAAAAAGGCCCAAGUGAAACGAACCGAAACGAUGAGCACGCAAAUUAUAUCGAAUGAUAAUACAUUUACGGAGGAAGAUAAAAAAGAGAAAAAAAAAAACAAAUGUCAAUUAAUACCAAUUAAGAAUGAUCAACCAGAAAAACUAUGGGUAUCUGUUAUCACGAAAGGUACUGCUACCACGAGAAGCAACAAUGCGACAAAUGCUCAAGAUGCCGGUGAAAAGGGGGAUUCUUCCGGCAUGAAGAAAAAUGCCCUUAGCAGUUCCAAAGAAUUGAAGCCUGAAUCGGCUGCUCAGCAGGUCACUAAGAAGGGAACCGAGCAGAGUGGCAAGCCGGAAAAGCAGAAGAAAAAAGGAAAGGGAAAGGAGAAGGAGAAGGAUAAAGAAAAGGAAAUGGAGAGCAAUUCCAAUAAUGUGCAUCCUCCUAACAGCAGUGCAAAGGAUACCAACGUAAGUAGUAGCAAUAACGCAGGCUACAAACGUGAAGACCAGUCUGAUGCAGAAGAACACCAACAUAGCCAAGGAGCCCAGUUAAGUUACGGCAAGGAUGGAAAGAAUGAAUCCAUACCUAGCAUGAGAAGUAACAACAAAUCUUCCUUCGUUCAGAUAGACGGGAACAAAUCACAUUCAUUUGUAGAUGAACAUACCAAAACGGAGAAGGAAAAAUACGCAAAUGAAAGUUACAGUGUAAGCAAGAAAGAAGUUAGUAGUUCCAAGAAACUCAAUGAAACGAAGCUAGAUACUGAUGAUAAGAAAAAGAAAAAGAAGAAAAAGAAUGAUCAGGAUGUAGUCUCCGCCCCUAUUAAUGACAAUAGCAUUUCCACAAAGGUGAAAACCUCUUCAGAUUCCCCAACGCUUGAGAUGAAAAGAGGUAAGGGUAGCAAAGUAAGCAGUAACAAUAAUAGCAGCCUCAACAUAAGAUGCAGUGCAGAAAAACUGAUGUCAGAUGAGAUGACCCCAUCAGAGGCUUACGACGGAAAUGAAAAAGCAAGUAUUCCUAUAUACAUGCCGAACUUGGCACUCAUGGGAAGCAACACUAUGAACAAGAAAAUUUUCUUCGGAAGUAUAAAUAUCACUGGCGACCAAAUUGAAAAUAUUGAUGUGAUGCCAGAUAGUAAACUGGAACAUAUAAGGAAUAACUACGGUGACAACAACGGAAGUGGUCAUAGCGGAGAUAGUGGCGCGUACGGCGAAGCAGGGGGUCAUUUGGGAACCCACGGGGGUGGUUACCACAACCAAGGCAGCACCACGAGCUACGGCCACGGGGUUAGUAGCUACAACAACGGAUACAGCAACGGAGUAAAUAAUAACUCUACUAGUAAUAAUAGUACCAACAAAAUUGCGCACAGCGAAAACAGAAGAAAAAAUAACUUCAGGAAGAAUUACGGUAUCGAUUCAUCUUCCGUGGGCAUGAACAACGAACACGUAGGCAACGCCAACCACAAUCGCUCCUCUGCCAUGCAUCACAAGGAAAGCGAGAACAGAGACUACGACCACAACAAUAACGACUUUAGAGGAUCAAAAGAAAGAGAAUUUAAACACUUUGAUUUUAAGAGCAGAAACAACAAGAGAGAAGAUAACAACGACAUGCUUAAUGAGAACAAGCACAAAUCAAUAUUUUCCUCUUCCAAUAGUAAGCAUAAUACCCCCCAUAUGCAUACUAAAUCACAGAAUGUGUACUUACCGAAAAUGACAACGACAGCUUCUUCGUCCUCCUCUGCCGUGGCUGGAGCGACAGCAGGCGUGUCAUCCUCAUCGUCGAACAACCAUCAGCACCAUAUACAUAACAAUAGUGGUAAUGUCAACGUGAGCACUGGAAACCAGAACGCGAAGCAUCUGUUAAACAGCUCUUCAUCCGUUUUCAUGAACCAAUCCCCUAGAACGAAUGGUUCGCAAGAUAAUUCCUCGUCUGCCCUAAUGACUGGAAAGGGUAGCAAGUACGUGCAGAGCGCACUGAAGAGCAAGAACUACGAACACGACGGGGAGGAUUCCGGUUCGAUACAGCUGAACCAAAUUUCGCACAAGUUCCUGCACGGGGGAGGUGUUGGUACGGGGGGCACAAACGGAAACGCAAACGGAAACGCAAACGGAAACGCAAACGGAAACGCAAACGGUAACGGUAACGGUAACACAAGUGGUAUCGCUAAUACCAGCGGUAACAGCCUGAACGGUGGGAACAACAACGCAGGCGCCACAAGCACCACGAGCAUGUCCAACAAAAAUACCAACACAGACGUAAGCAACAUCAGUUUAAUGAGUAUGGGAAUGAACAACCUGAACAAUAAUAACAUGUACAAUUCGUACAACUCCCCCCCAGGGUUGGCCAACCAGUUUAAUUAUUCAUUCACCAACCUCUCCUACCCCUAUAACAAUAUGCACUACAAUGGCUACUCCACACAAACCUUGGUGCCUCAGUAUGGCCUCAUAAACAACCACUACACAAAAAACAACAACAUGCAUAACAAUAACUUCAAUUACAAUAUGAAUUACGAUAACUUCGAUGAGGGCAAUUUGUAUGCACACAACGGUAGCAUGCACAUGAAUAAUUACGUGAACUACAUGAACGUCGGAGUAAAGAAGAAUCAACUAAAUAACCUAGACGAUGAUAAUUUGAGUAAUUCUGGAGAUGUAUCCAUAUCUGGGUCAAUACAACAACAACAGAAUUUGCCGCAUGAGAACCAGAGCACCUCGAACCAAAACUCGCCCAGCGGAAACACCAACGGAAAUGCCACCAACAGCAAUAGCAACGGUAGCAGUAGUGCAUGCGUGGACGGAACAUCCAACAACGGAGUUAACAACCUAUCCCUGAACAAUAUGAACAUGAACAAUAUGAAUAUGAAUAAUAUGAAUAUGAAUAAUAUGAAUAUGAAUAAUGUGAACAUGAGCAAUGUGAACAUGAAUAAUAGCGUGAACCCUAACCUAACCAUGUCGUGCACCACAAGUUCUACGAGCGACUUAAAGAAUAAACAACAGAUAAGUAAAAACAUGAGCGACAUGCAGUUGCAAUCGCAGUCCAUUUCAUCUCUUAAACAGAAUCAAACGCAGCCAAGUAAAACUGGCACCAGUUUGAACAACGCCCAGAAGCAACACACGUCCAGUCAACAUAGCCAAAGUAAACACUCAGGACAGCAGCACCAACAGAAUCUACUCAACAGUAAUAAUAAUACCUCCAUAAGUCAAUACACGCAGAACCAGAUAAACCAAAACAAUUCACAAAAUACUGCCUCCUCCACCUCUUCCUCACUUACAAGAAAAGUAGAAACAAACAAUAUCAACAGUGGAACCCAGAAUAAUCAGAACAAUCAAAAUCACUUCUUAAACAAACAACUAUACCAUAAUAGCAACUACUACAAUGUUAACUCAAACAAUAAUUAUAACAUUCCCCCCGGUUUUAACAUGACUCAGGAGAAGGAACAGAACAAUAACUACCUAAGUAAUAAUGUAUCGUCUGCCAAUACCAACACCAGUGUUGCGGCAUAUCGAAAUAAUUGGAACAAUAUUAACGAGAAAAAUUUAAAUCACUACAGUUUGAACUACAAUUAUAAUAGAAGCACCAAGAACAACUUUAACUACAGUAGUAACCUGAACUACAGUAGCAGCAACGGAUAUAACGCCACGCGAGACAACACGAACAACUUCUUCAACUACAACAGUUUCAACUAUGGGCUACAGACACCACCUGGCCUGCAGAAUUACUACCAAAAUACGCAGUAUCAGCAACAGAACAGCUACACCAACCGGAACUAUAAUUACACGGGGUACAACAACAAUCUCUCCAUGUGGAAUAGAGAAGAAUGA